AUGCUUGCGCGGUGCGCCAAUCUUCCAGUCGACCUCCGAAAUGGAUCCGGAGUUGGCAGUGGGCACCUUGUGGGCUGGCUUCCAAUUCCAGAAGAUGUUGCCGGAGAAAAAGGAAAGCGUUGGUUUGUCAACCUGAAGCGCGAGAUCUGGCAUGAGGCUGUCGCCUUGAUUGUCGCCUUGAUUGAGCUUUACACCAAGCUUGGAGCCGCUGUACAAUGUGCAGAUGGGGUCACCCAUCAAUUAUUCCCCCAUAUCCUGAUGCUCUCAGCCGACUUUGAGGAGCAAACAAUGAUGGCAUUGACUCAGGGUUCAAACGGCUCGUUCCCCUGCCCCAUCUGCCUCGUUCCAAAGGCAUCAAUCCCCGAUCUUUCGAUAACCUACUGGGAACAAACCACAGAGGAGAUGCAAAGAAUCUGGGACGACACUCAAGCACUCAACCAGACCCAACAUGAAGAACUCUUGAGUCAAUAUAGCCUCCGAGAUGUCCAGAAUAUCUUCUGGAGUCUACACGGAGUUGACAUUUACCGUGCGCUCUCAUGGGAUCGUCUUCAUGCCUAUCACGAUGGACUUUUCUCGGAUCACCUCCUAGUUGAGCUCAAAGCGAUUGUGAAGAAGCUUCCGGGGCGCACCACUGAGAUCGCAAUUGAUCAUGCAUGA